GUCACCCUGUUGGUCGUUGUCGAGGAUAUCACAUCAGAAGCUGCAAAGAUGGUUGAGAAAUUUGUUGGGACGUGGAAGAUGAUUUCCAGCGAGAACUUUGAUGACUACAUGAAAGCAAUUGGUGUGGGAUUUGCGAUCCGGCAGGUGGGCAAUCGGACCAAGCCCAAUUUGAUAGUGACUGUGGACGAUCAGGGGGUUGUAUGCCUUAAGUCUCAGAGCACCUUCAAAACUACUGAAAUCAAGUUCAAGCUCAACGAGCCAUUUGAUGAGAUGACCGCAGAUGACAGGAAGACAAGGACCGUGGUGACUCUGGAGAACGGCAAACUUGUGCAGAAACAGAGCUGGGAUGGCAAAGAGACGAAUAUUGAGAGGGAGGUUUCAGAUGGGAAAUUGAUAGCGAAAUGCAUAAUGGGAGACGUGAUUGCAGUGAGGACGUACGUGAAGGAGGCAUGAUGCGGUCCCCUCAGCCCACUCUUCAGAUGCAUUGCUGGAUGACAGGCUCAGUUCAAUGAGCGUAAUACCAAACCAAAGUGUUCUGCUCUUCCUAUCCUUUAUUUUCGCUGUGUUGCCAAAAUUAAAUAUCUGUGCCUCUGUUCUCCAACAUGACACAUUUGGUUUCAUUUGGAAUUAUUGUGGUGAUUUAAAAUAAAAAAAUGAUUGAAAAUUUGUCAAA